GCGUGGGUGUCCAGUUUCUUCUGACCUUGGGGGCCUGGAAGGUUGGAGGCACCAUGGCUAUGACCAGUGUCAGGUUGUUCGCUGGUGUUUUUAAGAAGCCAGAAACCUGGGUUGGACUCUGGGGUGUGCUUCAAAGGACAUCUUCACACAGACUCUGUGCUUCCUGGCAUCAGUAUUUAUAUUUUUCAAGUACCAAGUUAAAGGCAUCUGGUUAUAAAACACUUCUCCAUAAUGUUUUCUCUCUGAGACUCCCAGGGCUUUCAGUGUCUCCAGAAUAUAUUUUUCCAUUUUUUAUAAGACUCAAAAGCAAUAUAAGCUCUGAAAAGUCCUCUAAAAAAGCUCUGCAAAAAGUAGAAGGCGACGAGGACUCGGAUGAGGAGAGCGACUCUAACGAGAGAAGCGACCAGGAGGAGGAGCUUGAGGACGACCCCGCCGUGGUCAGAGACUACAAGGACCUGGAGAAGGCGGUUCAGUCGUUUCGGUACGACGUCAUCCUGAAGUCGGGCCUGGACAUCGGGAGGAACCAAGUGGAAGAUGCAUUCUACAAAGGCGCACUCAGACUGAAUGGGGAGAAACUGUGGAAGAAAAGCAGAGCGGUGAAAGUAGGAGAUACACUGGAUCUUCUCAUUGGCGAGGACAAGGAAGCAGAGACGGAGGCUGUGAUGCGGAUUCUGCUGAAGAAGGUGUUUGCGGAGAAGACGGACAGUGACAAGUACCGCGUGGUGCUGCGAAGGUGGAAGAACUUGAAGCUGCCUAAGAAGGGCGCGUCGAAGUGAGCGCGUGGCUGUUCAGCUCUGAAGCUGCUUUUUAGUGGUGGGAGGAGGCCCGCAUGAAAAGACGUUUUUAUCAAAAUAAAAUUCUCGUACCAUUUGUGGAA